GGGAUGGCGCACAGCACUGAUGUCGCUAUUCAGGGCAUUUAGGCUGACGUCGGCUGCGAAGACGAGCAGUUGUCUGCUCACUGCCACGGCGGUGUGAGUGAGCAGUUAGCCAAAUCUUUCUUCUCGCAGGUGGAGUAGCAACAGGUAGCCGUGGUCGUUGUAUUGUUUGUGCGAGAAACCAGGUGCUAGUCGUGGCACGAUGUUCCGAGAUCAUCGCGGAGCGACGUUGUGGCAGCAAUCGUGGCAAGGACGGCUUAGUCCUUUGGUAGGAUGCCUAUUCUGCAUCAGUGUGUUUUUGGGCACUUUUUUGUGUCCGCCGAAUGCAGUGCUUGCCCAAAACGCGCGAGACAAAAAUGACCAGGAGAAGGAGGCGCAGCAAGGCACCGCGAGCCAGUAUGGUGAGGAGUUCGUGUGUUUUGAGGAUGCUGCCCUAAAACUACAACAGCAACAAACAGCGGGCAUUGCAUAUUUAUCCGAGUUUCACCGUAUCUACGUGGGAAGCCGGCACUUCGAAGUCGUGGAGCUCGUCUCAACAUCGCAAGCCGAUCAGCUGAUUGCUUCGGCCCUGCGGCUCUUCGAAUCCACCUAGUAUGACAGAAUUUAAUUGAUCCAUUUAGCAUAACCUGUCUUAUUCCUCUCAACGAUCUAGUGUUCGUGGGUUCAUCGAAUAACUACAGCUUGCACUUUUUAGACUCCUUGGAAAUACUUGAUUUGAUUUUCAUGCUUACAUACUGCUUUGCUUCAUAAUCGCCAGGGAUUGAUGCAGGUGAUAUGUCCUUUGCGUAUUUCGCCUCUCUUCGUUGAUUCUAGGAUAACGUGGCACACUACCCAGUUUGAGCAACAGAUCGCUUACAUGCUGGAAAUGCAAGAGGGGGUGGAGGCAGCGAGGCGACGUCUGCACGAAUUGACAGGCAGUUUGGACAUGCUGAUGAUCUCUGUAGCUCGCGCGCUAGGGAAUCGUGGAUAUUCCGACCAGCUGGUGAGGAUUCUAGACGUCCAUCGUGAACUUCUGGCAAACGUCCUGCAUUUCCUCGAACCAAUCCUGGGUGACAUCGCGGAGCACUACUCUUUAUGCUAUUGUGAAUUUCGAACAAUGGAGACUAGAAAUUGGACUCGGACGAGGGGCUAGUGCUGGCAUAUGUUCGAGGUACACAGAAGAUAUAUCAGGUACGUAUUCACAAGAGGCCUGGCACUAUUAUUUUUCGAUGCCUGGAUUUACACAUGCCUGGAUUUACAUUUGGUGACCCCUUUCAUGCAUCGUUCCGAACCAUCUGCCUAAGGAGUUGAUUCCGAGACACGAGCACCCUGCGUUUCGGGCGAUGUUUCCAGCCUUCUCCUCGAUAUUCCGCGUAGCUCCGACAAGAAGUUUUUUCGUGGAGCCGCAAGCUAAUCAGGACGACCAAGCAGGAGGUGGAGUGUCCUCUGCACGUGGAGGAGCUCAACCAAUGAUCACCGCAGUGGAUCCAGGUCUUUUGCGAAAUGUUCUCAGUAUGGACUUGAACGCGCCUGAGAAUGCGUACAGAAGCAACGACGAUUCGAAUUUCGUUUCCCUCGAAAACAAAGAUACCAGUCGCAAUCACUUGAACGCGGUGUUCAGCACAGAAUUCUUGAACAACCUAGCAAAUCCAAAGCGAGAGCUGCUGUCGAGCGGAAACCAAUUCGAGCGCAUUUGUUUGUACAUGCGAGGCACUGGGGGGCGGCAGCACGGCGCUUUCCACGAGUAUGACAUCGAGGAUUACAACGACGUUCCGGCCGAUAUUUUUCUUCCCCCUGGAAGAAAUGCUGGAGGAGGUGCGCAGUCUGCGUUGUGGCGGCAGCUAGCAGGUGAACACGCCCAUGACGCGGCGCAGGCAGGUGGAGAUGGUGGGCCUGCGACCGGUGCAACUACUCCUAGUGGAGAUCACGUUUUGAACUCGGCGCUCUCGCUCGCAUCUAAAAGUGCUCAAAAGUUUGAAAUGCACUGGAAAAACGUGGAGGAAGACCUUUUUGGCCCUGCCAACGAUCCACGAAACCCAGCUAAACGGCUAAUGGUGUCAGAAUUUCAGAAAAUCGCCAGGCAAACUAGACACCAGAGAGCAGCGGGUAAUACAGAUGCAGCAGGCGUGCCGCGUGCUGAGCGCUCGCCGAUCCAACUCCUCCGCAUGGCUGAUCGCGAGGCAGUGCUGUCUUUCUUCGUCAUUUCCUACACGCUUGACUCACCACACUUUAUGAGUUGUUGUUGGCGGUAGCAGUCCUUUUGAAUGUUCGCUGACGACGUGACGAGAUGUUGAAUUGCUCCUGAGCAAAAUUGCUCAAGGAUUGCGGUCUACGGUCGACCGCCCGUCCGAGAUUUUGACUUUCAACAAUACAUGAGCAUACCAAGGUUGUAAAAGACACCUGAGUAAUUUUAGAAGACACUAAGUAAAUAGCUUGUCCCCUAUUUUCUCUCUUCAUCGUGGAUCCUGAGGGUGGGUGCCGCGGCGUUCUCUUAGACUACGAUCCGAGCGACUGCCUUCCGAGCGAAGCGGGCUGGGCGCACUAUCAUUUCACCAGUAGCAUAACAGAUCCGUAUAACGUGUCGGUUGCAUACCGAGGACGACCUCUGGGUCCGGGAGCCCGACUGGUCAAAAGCACGAUCCACACCACAAAUACCAUGAGUCGGCUGGCGCAGUGGAGCAGCAUGAUAUCGCUCUACAAAAGCGUGAAUCACUACUCGCCCGACUUGCUAUUUCUGCAUCCUCUUGUAGGAAAUUGCGUAAUGCUGAAGAAAUUGCUAGAGAGCGGACCUGUAAAUUAUGAAUUGAGUAGUAGAUGAUCUUGUGUGUCUGUGUGUUUUUAGGGAAAACUCGCGAAAAUGCUUCGAGGAAGUAACGCGAUACAAAUGAAGAAAAUGAUCCUAGAAUCAAUACAGUCAUGAUAAACUACAAAAGCCUUUUUUCUAACAUCAGCCGAAAAUUGUUAUUGUGGGUAUCAAUCCCGCCGUGCCGCCUCCGAUUGAGGUCGCGCCAGACCUUCGGCAAUAUUGGGAGCUAAUUGACCAUGAGCAUCGCUUACCCUUUCAUGAGGACCGGGAGUCUGCGCCUUGGCGGUUGCAGUGUUCCCUCGAGUACGUAGAGACACGCGUCAUGCGCAAACACGGCUACGUUCUAGACCACAUAGAGCAUAUGUUUGCAGUGUACGUCUGGAAGAAAGCCUUUACCCAUGAUGCUUGGAUCGCCCGAGAAGAGCGUCUCACGCAGGAGGAGCGAGAAGAAGAAGACCGAAAGACGAGAGUAGCGAGCACGCUUGGUGCUACCUCAAAUGUCGCUCGGCCUGUGGCGGCAACGUCUCUACCUCAAGUGUCGCCGGCAAAACCCGGACUGGGACAACAUUUGAAAGGCCACGGGACGAAAGGAGCGACAACAGCAGCAGUCGGUGAACGAGAACAGCAGUCGCCCUCUAAAACCUUUCCUACUGCACCGGGUGUCGCGCAAGCUUCAGCCCCGGAGGCCAGUGUAAAAAAGCCAGAGAACGAGCAGCACGAUGCGAGUGAAACACAGCACGCAGCGUACCACGGAACGGAUCAGCAGGCAAUCGCAACGAAGAGGCGGCGCGGCUCCGUUGCCUCCUUUCCCGUGAAUCCCCCUGCGAUUGUUCCAGAAGAAGCGCAUCCUGCCGACCGGUGUCUGAUAUCCUACAUUAUGUCGAGAAGGACGAUCAAGAAGAAGUGCAAAUUGUUUUACUUCUUAUUGGCUCACCCACGGAGGUGGCCACGAAAGGCCAUAUCAGGGGCACUUACAUGACUCCUAGUUGGUUUCCACAUUAGCAUAAAUAUGUAAUAGAGCAAUCAGAGAUUCAUGCCAGCCAUAACCUCUAAUACUCGACCCAGUAUUCUCUAUCAGAAGUGGCUUAAGGGUUGGUAUUGCUCACCCAUGGCGCGCGUCGUCGCCCAGAUCGAGUACGAAAUGGCGUUUGAUCUUUCGCCCCUGGCUGCAUGCCAGGCUGAGAGCCACCAGGAGCGCGAAAAUGCGCUGUGCUUGCUCUAUCAGUACUUCGAAGCGGAAAAAAUUCCUAUAUUCGCACACAAUCUACCAGCUUCCUGCGCUGGUGGCGGUAGCCGUCUCUCUACUCAAAGAGGGGGUAACACAGCUUCUGGAUCUCCUGGGCCGUCGUCCACGGAUGAAACAAAAGGCAAACUUUCCGAAGCAGAUCGAAAAUCUUUGUUGCCUGACACAAUGAAAGUUGGAUUACCGACAGCUCCCGACGAACAGGUGUACCAGGUGAAGAGAGCACCGGAACGCUACAUAAACGAGGUGCCGCCCACGUCCACGCCUGUCACUGCGUUCGAGGACGCAGAACUGCUGCGCGACGUCGAGGUAGGCGGCCUCACGCUGACGCAGGCAUUUGCGGCGCGCGUGAUCCACGAGAAGCCCUUGCUCAAAUGGUUCAUUGAGAAGGACGAGCGGGGGAGGUGUUUCGACGGGGAGUGCGAAUGCUUUCCGCCUUACCGAGGGGUCCAGUGCGAGCUCGAGGAUCCUGGCAAGUUCGGAGGAGCACCAGAAGCGUCUUCAUCGGGACCCUUUCCAGAACGAGGCAGUCAGGCCAGCGAACAGCGUCUCAGUGCCGUGCUGCAUUUCGUGAUGCCCGAAUCGGAACGUGACUUGAUUGAUAUAGAAAGGGCAUUGCCGAGUAUAUGGCUCAACUUCAAUAGAGACUACGACUACCCCGUUGUCAUCUUCCACGAGGGAAUGUCGGAAGCCGCACGGCGCCGCAUCGUCUUAGCAAGCGAGAAUCGGAUAUGGUGCCUGCUACAGCGCUCCUGUGAGUGAUUAAUAUCUCACUUUACAAUCGUCAAUCAGUUUGCACACUCAAGUUCAUUUUGCAGGCUUAGAAGUGGCCUUGAUUGUAAUGACCUAGAAAUAUUAAGUACAAUAGAAGCGUCAGAAUUCAACAUGAGUGCUAGAUCAAGUAUUUUUGAAUCCACCUUUGUUCAGGUUCGCAAACCUCGGACGAAAAUUUGCGCAGUUGGAAUCAGUUCCUGAGAUUUGGCGUGACAAGAUUGACAUUCAUAGGAUGCCUUUUGCCUUGGGUUAUCGUCACAUGUGCAGGUGGCGUUCCGGCCCCGUCUUUCUGGUAUGUUUUCCACGAAAUUUCUAUCGGCGUUUACGUGCAAAGACUUCUCGAUGUUUAGAUUGAAACGAUAUAUACGAAUGUACUAUACCACUUCAUCCCCGUUAAAUAUUCACUAACUCGAGGCCCUUAUCUCGACUGUGUUGAAUGAUGAUGAUUAUCAUACUUGUACAGGAACCGGUGCUGCAACGGUUCGAUUAUGGCAUGACACUGGAUACUGAUUCUUAUUUUCCUGGACCCUGGAAAGAAGACCCGUUCCGAAUGCUGGAGCGGACAAAAAAAGUCGCAGCUUUUCCUCACUUAGGUCGAGAAGCAGCAAGUGUCGCAGUGAAUUUCCUCUACUACUAUCUGCUUUAUUGCAAGAUGCACAAUCUAAACCCACGUCGCACAAGAGUUCUCGCGUCCCUGGUCGAAAAAAAUUGGAAGUGGUACAACUACUUUUCUCUUACGUUGUUUUUGAUGAACGUGAAUAUUCGUGUCCUGGAGGAGGGUGGCAGGAACAUGACUUCAACGUACUUUCUAAUGAACGUAACGAGCAUGUUCUAAUGUUCUUAUCUGACCGUACUGUAUUUUUUCAAUAUUCGUCCUGGAGAUCAUGUUGUCUCGUUGCUUUUGAUUGGAAGAAAAGAUCCGUGGAAUUCAUAAUAAUAAGAAAAGAAGUCUCUUCAUCGUCUCCAAACACCACUAUCAAAGGUACCAGCAGACUUUCAUGUCCGAUAUCGAAAUUCUGUAUCUACCCUGGUUCCGUGACCCAGCUGGCGAGUAUCAGAAGUUUUUCCGAUAUAUGGAUGCAACUGGCGGGUUCUAUCUUUAAGACGAGAAUAAGAAGACAGUUGUAAAACUUUGAGAAGACAACAACUUCGAGGAAUAUUUCGCGGCUAGUAAAAGAACGCGCAUCCCGAGAUGCGCUAGGCGCGAUGAAGUAACUAAGGUCUUCUAAUGGCUGUAUCGUUGGGGCAACAACCCUUUUCGGACGUUUGCGAUGGGCACGUUCCUGGAUGAUAGCCAAGUCUCAAUAGCGACAGUGCCGUAUUUACACCAAGAAUUUUGCACCUGCGGUGGCGCGGACGGUGAGUGUCGCUCCUUGGGCCCCGGAAACUACAACAAGACUUGCGUUGAAGUUCGUCCCCGCUUCGGAGCAGGAGAAAAUAAUGGGUCUUAUGGAGCGCAUAGUUCCUUUUGAAAGCUGACCUAGCAUAGAGCCCUAUGUUGGCAUUAGAUGUUGAAAAAGAGCAGAAGCCGUUUUUCUGCAAUGUUGGCGUGGAAGUAGGUUUAGUAAAUAUGAAAAUAGACUCUCCCUAGGAGGUACCACUUCACUGAAUGGCCUGAUACAUAGAUGCGCAAUGCUAUACAAGAGGCACCAUGACAUGACGCAUUUAGUUAUAACAGCAUCUCUCUUCCUCCUUUAUCCGAAGAUCAUGCUGGUCAAGAAUGUCUGCUCUAAAAUUUCGGAGACAGUCAAGACUCUGAAAGUCUAGACACGAAGCUUCUGCAGCUGCAGCCAUGGCGGGGUCUCGAUUGGCAAGUUGAUAAAUUCGAGAAGGAGGAUUUCCAUCGCUUUGUCAUGGAACAGGAGAAAGAACAGGCAGAGUUGUAGAGAGCAGUCAAUCAUCAGAAGAUGAACUGGAGAAGACAUCAAGAAGAAGGUGUCGACACAUAUAGUGAAGGCGACAGACCUGGUGUUGCACUUUGGGGAAUAAAAACCUUCGUCUUUGAGGACUAGUUGUUUGUCAUCUUGCCAUUUCCUCUGAGCACGAACGGUCGCAUCAGAGGCGCAUAUUACAGAGUUUCGAUAGGGUGGAGUACUCUCAAGAGAAUCUUGACUUACAUUCCAAAUCUAAAGAAGAGUUGAACCUCGUGUCUUGUGAAAAUAUCUAAAGAAAAUCAGACCUACUGAUUACUUGGCGCAAAGUUUAUCUAAAGAUGAGGGAAAUUAUCGUAAAACAUUUCAUCAAAAUUCCUUUUCGUAACCUGAUAAUAUUUUCAAAAGUUGUACGAUUCAAUACGUUGUUGCAUCUUCCCUGGCUGCUUUUCUUGUGCAUACUUAUCUCCAUCUCCGGACGCGUUGUUAUGAAGCAAACUAGCUACUGUAGCUACCGCAUUCAGCUGGCAUGGGAG